AUGAGUUUCAAAAAUAAAGUUGUGUUAGUAACAGGAGCUAGUUCAGGUAUUGGAGCCACAACAGCUAUUGAAUUCGCUAAAGAAGGGGCUAACGUUGCAAUCGUUGGAAGAAAGGAAGAUAAACUAAAGAAAGUGAGUGAACAAUGCGCAAAAGUUGGACCAAAACCUCUCGUCAUAAAAGCAGAUAUAGGAGUUGAUGAUGAAAUGAAAGGAGUAAUAGACGCUGUUAUAGAUAAAUUUAAACGACUGGACGUGCUCGUUAACAAUGCAGCCAUUAUGAAAUUUGCCUCCGUUCUAGAAGGUAAUAUAUUAGAAGCAUACGACUAUACAAUGAACGUCAACGUCCGUGCCUAUAUUCACGCUACAAUGUUGACAGCGCCACACUUAAUAGUAACAAAGGGUAAUAUUAUUAACAUUUCGAGUGUAGCCGCCACAGCAUUGCCCGCUUUACCAAAUUAUACACCAUAUCAUACGUCAAAAGCAGCGUUGAAUUUCUUUUCUCGAUGCACUGCACGUGAAUUGGCGAGUCACGGUGUAAGAGUUAAUAUAGUAAGUCCAGGGCCAGUCGUGACAGACCUCUUGGAGAAUGCUGGAGUGACGGACAUGUCAUUUGAAGAUUUGUCCGGAGAAAUGCCGUUGAAUAGAGUGUCACAGCCUAUCGAGAUUGCAAACAUUAUAUUGUUCCUAGCCAGUGACAAAGCUGUGGGCAUAACUGGCUCUGAAUAUGUAGCUGAUAACGGUUACCUUCUGAAGAUCAAUAAAUAA